CUACAACUAGCCUCUGCCCUUUCUCGUGCUAUUCAUCAAGUAAUUACCAUUGCGAUUAGUGUGGCUGGGAUUGGCCGGGGGAGUUUGCAAAGCACGACGCGAGUGCCUAUUUAUAGAGAUUUGCAUUGGGCAUCGCCAUUGUGCGAUUUGCCAUGUGGCUGUUGGCGGGCGGAGCAAUCGAUGUGAAGCGUAGGAAGGUGCUUAUCGGUAACUCCGGCCGUGCCCUGGAAUCUAUCGAGCUUCUAGAGCUUGUCUUCUUCCUCGCAUCAACGACGCUGCUGUAAAAAUAUAGUGGCGGCAUCGUGCAAGCAGACAGCGAACAGGGCAAGUGCUCGGCUUAUCUGUUUGCACUCAUGCAUGGACAUUGCCAAUGUUGGGACAGAUUUCAAUGUUCCAUACUGAAAUCUGUCCAACUCCCAUCCAAUUAAAGAAGGUUUUUUCUUUAAAAAAUUAUCGAAGAGAUAUGGAAUUUAGAAGAAGUUUGUGAGCAGCUUCCUCUUAAAAAAAGAAUUAAGCUUAUGGCAUUUGAAACCGGAAGGACUGAGAAGAUGAAGAACUUUUCCAACACCAUAUAUCACUGGCAUGUCCUAUGUAAACUUUUUCGGUUAUUGAUUUCAGCAUUUCUAAUCAUUCCAGAUCUCACAGACUCAUGUACAUUCACAGGUGCUGAUCCAUGGCACGAUGUGCCAAGCAAGUUGAUCGAAAUGCUCAGUUCCGGAAAGCUCCAAGUCAUUUCUUUCAGUUCUCGUCCAACCAACCUAUACGCCUACCUUAAGCCGGAUCCUUAUUUUUAGCCAAUCCCCUGCACUAAUUAUAAGCCUUGCUCCGUUGCCAUGACUCUGUUGCUGUCUCAAUAAGUCCCUGCCAUUCUUCAUCUGUUUCUUUGGUCCCUCCCUUCUCCUUCCUCUCUCUCCCUGCAUAUAUCCAUGCACAUUGUCCUUGUUCCGAUGGGGUCAUCCAUUCUCUCUGAGAGUCCUAAUGUCCUGAAAGGGAUUGCUGGAUUCUCCUCGAGCCCCCAGUGCUUCUCAUACACAUCAUUCGGCCACAAUAGCAUAAUAAUCGCACGACAUGAUCUGCUUCUCAGGAUCAGUUAAUUGUUCAUGUUCGUAUUUCUGAUCUGUGGUGUAGGCUUCAUUGAUCCAAUGAGAAGUAGUUGAGGGUGACACAAAGCACGGUCAAGGAUGGCGCCUAGCAUCCUUCACCGUGCAUUGUCCUUCUCUAAUGUGCCCGUUCAUCGCCGUGAUGUAUCACCACUAAAGGAGGCCUCCGCUGCGUCCAACAGACAUGAGGGCCUGGCAUUAUUGACAACAAUUGCUGAGGACACUGGCUCUUGCAAUCCUAGUCCUUUAUUGCCAACCCACUCGGCGUUGGAGAAAAGACUCAUCAGCAAGAUCAUCCUUCUGAGAGAGGCUCUGGAUCUGCCAUGUCGAAGUUCAUGCGAUGCGUUGGAUCAGUUACUUCUGGAUACCCUGGAGGCUCUGAAGAUUACAUAUCCGAAAUGUUUAUCAGGCCUAUCAGGAAACAAUACAUCUUCUGAACAGCAGGGUCUGGUUCACCUUCGAAAGGUCCUCAUGUCGGUACAAGAUUGCCAUGCAGAACGCAGCGAAUUGAGUAACUUGGGCUUUGAGAAGCAAACAAUCACAGAGAGCGAGGGCUUAGAUCAUAUAGGUGAGCAUGUCGCUAUGCUUCUUGAUCAGGUGAUUCCGGCGGCGAAAGAAAUCUUCAGUUUCAUGGAAAGCUCCACGAGUGCAAAAGCAGCAGCAGCAGCUGCUGCAGUUCGUCCAGAAAAAAGAAGCCAACCUCCUGUUCUCUGUCGCACCAGAUCUUUGAUUCACCGCAGAAGUGCCGGCCAUCAUCCAUCAGAUAGUGCCGAGGUCGCAACACUUUGCCAAGACAGUGCAAUGAUGAGGCACACGAAACAACUGAAAAUUCAGAAACCGGUGCCAAGGCAAGAGGCGGAUGAAGGCAGUUGCGCCGGGGAGGGUGGCCAGACCAGCAGGCGCGAUCCACCGUCAACUCCUACCGGUGACUCUGAACUGCUACAGUCGACGCCGUCGUCUAUGUCCCCACCUCCACUGUCGGCACCGCCAUCCUCCCCCAUGCCCUUGCUGGGCAUGCCCAUGCUGCUGCAGUCGUGGGAGGAGGCAAUGCAAGACGACAAUGCCUCCCCGGCAGUGGCGUCACCCCCAGACGCGCAGCCUGCUAAGGUGGCCGCGCCGACGGCACAGCAAGACACGGUUGACGUCGACGGCUCUGCAAUCUCCCCGUCAAUGGAGGCAGGAGGUCAGCCUAGCUUACCGUCAUCCAUGGACGGCAAUGCCGCCGCGCCAAGCGUACUGCCGACGCCGACGCCGCCACUUCCGGCGCACGGAGACAGAGUGCAAGGAGGACCAUCAACGGACAAACCCGCUGAGGUAGUGGCAAGUGCAUCGUCUCCACCGCAAGGAGCGCCGCCUGCCAAUGUCUCACGAGCGCCGCCCCCUCCGCCUCCCGGAAGCAUCUCGGCCGCGCUGCGCGCCAAGAAAACCGCCGGCAAGCUGAAACGGUUUGCACAGAUGGGCACCCUGUACAGGCAUCUGCGGGACAGAGUGGAAGGCCCUUGCACGCACGGCGGCAAGAGACAGACCGGGAAGAAGCCCCGGACGCCGGGCGGGUCCAAGAGCGAAGCCGGCCAGGGCAUGGCCGAUGCGUUGGCGGAGAUGACCAAGAGAUCGGCCUACUUCCGGCAGAUCGAGGAGGACGCGGAGAACCACGCCGCGGCAAUCCUGGAGCUGAAGGACGCCAUCAGCUCGUUCGAGUCCAGGGACAUGGCCGAGCUGGUGAGGUUCCAUCAACACGUCGAGCAGCAGCUGGUGUGCCUGACCGACGAGACACAGGUGCUGGCGAGGUUCGAGGGCUUCCCGACCAAGAAGCUGGAAUCGCUGAGGAUGGCGUCCGCGCUCUACUCCAAGCUGGACGGCAUCGUGUCGAAGCUCAAGGGCUGGAAGCUGGCUGCCCCCCUCUCGAACCAGCUUGACAGAGUCGAGGGCUACUUCAACAAGAUCAAAGACGACGUGGACAUGAUCGAGCGGAACAAAGACGAGGAGGCGAAGCGGUUCCUGUCUCAUAACAUCCACCUGGACUUCACCGUGCUGGUCCGGAUCAAGGAGUGCAUGGUGGACCUGUCGUCCACCUGCAUGGAGCUAGCCUUGGAGGAGAGCAAGCAUGCCAGGGAGACGAAGACGAGCGCACAGUCGCCAGCAGGUGCUUCUCCGCCGGCCGCAGCGCCGUCGAGGAUGCUAUGGCGAGUCUUCCAGCUGGCCUUCCGGGUGUACAACUUCGCCGGCGGCCAGGACGAGCGGGCGGACAGGCUGACGGCCACCCUAGCGCACGAGAUCGAGGCCCAUCCCCUCUGAAAACGGCAGCUCGCUCG